CUCUCUCUCCCUCCGUCUCUGUCUGUCUUGUCUGUCUGUCGCCCUCACGUCCGGUCUGGUCUACCCAUGUUGCCUCGGAGUAUUGAUAGUUGAGAUAAGAUGGCGGUGCAGGAGUCCGCUGCUCAGCUCUCGAUGGCGUUAAAGGUGCAGGAAUACCCCACUCUGAAGGUACCUUAUGAAACUUUGAACAAGCGCUUUCGAGCCGCUCAGAAAAAUAUUGACCGAGAAACAAGUCAUGUGACCAUGGUAGUUGCAGAACUAGAGAAAACCUUGAGCAACUGCCCAGCUGUGGAUUCUGUAGUGACCUUGCUGGAUGGAGUGGUGGAGAAACUCAGCGCCUUAAAGAGAAAGGCAGUUGAGUCGAUACAAUGGAGCAAACAAAAAAGUAAACAUGUUUACACACUUCUGCCUGCCAGCCCAAUCAUCCCAUUUACCCUCAUCUUUCUGUUGGUGCCUUGCCAAGAAUACAGGUAG